AUGGAAGAAAUAGUUCAGCAACAACAGCUAGAAGAGCCUGAAGGAAACGAACAAGUCCUUCCUUUGGAAACUAACUUCACAGAACUAGAUGAAGAUUUGGAACAGCCGAAAAAUCUUGACCCUCAACAAGUGUAUGCGGAGAAUAUGGAAUAUUUCCAAGAGUCUAAAAAAAAUUCGGCUGACAUAGUAGAAGAAUAUCGAAAAAUGUUUGCCGACAUACAAAAGACUCCAGCACCAGAUGAAAAUAUUCAGCAUAGAAUGGAAGUACUGAAAGAAAAUGUACACAAAUACAACAACCCUUUUUACUUACGAGCAUUUAACGUUCAAUCUUCGGAUGAACUCGGUGAAAAUAAAAGGUUAAAUUUCAAGAAAACAUAUAGAAAUGAAACAUUGUUUAAAGUUCAUUCAGAACCUAACCAAGAUGGAAACAAACCUACUUUUGUUUCUGCAGACGAUGGAACUACAAUGAGAUGGGGUCAUAAAGCUAAUCCAGAUAGGUGGUUCAUAAACUUACAACCACAAUUCCAAGAAGUUGUAGACGCAAUGGAAGUCAAUGGUGAACGAGAUAUAGCUGGUAUUUUAAGCGCGGCUUUAAUGCCAUUGAAAGAUAUGAAACAUGCAGAUAUUUUGGACCAGUAUGAAAUGAACAUGGCUGAUGGAAAUAUAACACCUGACGUUCUAGAACAUUUAUCUCAAAGAACUACACAGAACCAUAGAGAUGGUAUAUUUGGUGAAGAGUUUAGAAAGAAAGUUAGGGAGGGAGAAGGAAGAGAACCUAUUGUACAUGACCUUGCAAACGAAAGUUUACAAAAUGUCAUAAAAACUUACUUUGCAGGCG